CCAGCGGGCGGCCACAGCUGCCCUGCAUCGGCCACCGGCAUGACAGCCGCUGUCCUGCGGGCAGAGCCGCCCCUCGCCCCGGCGCCCCUCGGCGUGCCCGGCGAGCAGGGCGAGCUGCCGCCUGCGGCCGCCGCGGACCAGCAACCGGCCGGGCAGGCGGGAGAUGCGGAGAGCCCCGGGCAGAGCGAGCCGGCGGCCUGGGGAGGCGAAGGGGGCGCCCGGCCGGGGGCCGCGCCCUGGCCCUCGGGAAAGGUGCCCAGCGGGCCCCCGGAUCUGGAGGGCGAGGAGGGAGCGCGGGAGCCUCUCCUGGACCAGCGCAAAGCGCCCGCUGCCUGCGGCCCCCGCACCGCGCCUCUGGGAGCGGGGCCCCUCUGCCCGGCUCCAGCCCCACUCAGCCCGCUGCCAGCGGCCGGCAGCAGCCCCAGCCCGGCAGCUCCCCAGGGGCAGCCCCGCCUGGAAAGGACCCCCAGCCGGAGCCGGAGCCUCGCCAGCGCCGGGGCGGGCGAGCAGGCCGCGCUGGAAGCGGGCAGCGCCGAGGAGGAGUGCCCCAUCUGCACGGAGCCCUACGACCGCGGGCGGCACUCGCGGGCCCUGCUCAACUGCAGCCACGUGCUGUGCAGCGACUGCCUGCGCGCCAUCCUGGAGCGGGCCGGCGCCGCCGACAUCGGCCGCGUGCGCUGCCCCAUCUGCCGCCAGAAGACGCCCAUGCUGGAGUGGGAGAUCUGCAAGCUGCAGGAGGAGCUGCUGCUGCUGCACGCCCAGCCCGCGCCGGCCCCCGCGCUGGCGCUGCCCGCGCCGGCCCCCCUGCCGCCCCGGCGGCCCGGGCUCUGCGGGGCCCUGGAGCACCGCUUCCAGGUGCGCUUCCACACCAGCCGCACGUUCGGCUGCCUGCCCUGCCUGCGCUACCCGCCCUGCCUGGUCAGCGGCCUGGGCGGCCUGCGGCGCCGCUGCCGCUGCUGCUACCUGCUCUCGCUGGCCGCGCUGCUGGCGGCAGAGACGCUGAGCCUGCUGCUCAUCUUCCUGCCCAUCGGGCUGCUCGUGCUGCUCUUCCUCAUCUUGGACAAAUAGCCGCCCCCCGGGGGCCCCUGCAGCCAGGCCAGCGAUCAGUGCAGGCGCGGGGGUCGGAGGGGGCGGCCCUGGGGAAGGCCAGGCCGGGUGUCCCUACCCCCCUCAGGAGGGCUAAGUCGCAGGUGUUCAGCCCGGGGAGAGCCCUGGUGUCCUGGCCAGCAUCCCCGUGCUCAGGCCAGCUCUGCCGGCCAGGAGAGACAGCUGGGCUCAGUGGCAAGGCCUCAUUAGCCCCGCCUCAGUUUGCCCCUUUGGGCUGCAGGGAAGCCCUUCCAGCCGGGUUGGGCUUCUGCCACAGCUGCUGCUAAGAUCAUAAGAAGGGCCACACUGGGUCAGACCAAGGGUCCAUCAAGCCCAGUGUCCUGUCUUCCAACAGGGGUCAGUGCCAGGUGCCCCAGAGGGAAUGAACAGGACAGGGAAUCAUCAAGUGAUCCAUCCCCUGUCGCCCAUUCCCAGCUUCUGGCAAACAAGCUAGGGACGCCAUCCCUGCCCAUCCUGGCUAAUAGCCAUGGAUGGACCUAUCUCUCCAUGAAUGUAUCUAGUUCUUUUUUGAACCCUGUUAUGGUCUUGGCCUUCACAACAUCCUCUGGCAAGGAGUUCCACAGGUUGACUGUGCAUUGUGUGAAGAAAUACUUCCUUUUGUUUGUUUUAAAUAAAAGGAAGUAUUAAAUAAAAGGAAGUAGAGGACCAGCAGGGCCCCCCCUGGGCACUCCAUGCCAGUGCCCGUGCACAGGGAGAGGGGCAGGGAUUCUCUGCUCACAAAAGGGUCCAGACAUGCGCUAAAGGCAGGAGGUGCCAAGCUCUGACAAAUCUAGAGCAGAAAUGGAGGCCACGGGGCUAGCCAGUCCCAAAGCAGAGUUUAAGCUGUGACCCAGGGCAAACAGUACCAUGCUCCUGCAGCCCGCCCACAUCAGUCAGUGUCAUGGGAGCAGAGGUGGGGCAGACGCACUGAGCUCACGGCAAGGCAGGGCUGGGCUGGCCAGGGGUGGUUCGUGCCUGGUUUCCUCUCUUGUUCAGUCAAAAGAUUCUGUUUCCUCAAGCUCAGACUGUGAAAAUACAAACGAUUGACUUGAGAAGCAUCUGUCU